CAUCGCGAGACGGCCAAGUAGACCACGGGAUCUAGAGCUGGCUCGUCAAUCAUGUCCGUCGCUCUCCUUAUGAUCGAGAGCGCUUCUUGCUAUACGGCGAUCGUCGUUAUCUCGCAAAUCACCUACGCCACCGGUCACGUCUCGAACUACUUCUUUACUGACUGCAUCCCUUCCGUGUCCGCGCUCGCCGCAGUCCUUGUGCACGCACGUGCAGUACUCGGUAAGGUCGUGAAGAUCGACUCGGUGGCGGGGCAUCGGAGUCCGCGAGCGCGAAUGAACGCAGGGUUGGCAUGGAAUCGUGCGCUCGAGACUGAUGGUGCGGGUUGAGCGGAGCGCGCCGGUCGUCUGCGAACGAGUUUGACGCCGUCCUUGGCCUCGUUCGAAGUGGGGGAGGGAUUAGCACAGUCGACGACUGCUGUCUGAUCAGCACCCCUCCUAAUCGCACCACAUAUUUUAAUUGUGUCUUGUCAAAUCACACAACGAAGCUCGAUCGUGGCGGCCGAGGCACUCAGCAUCUAUAAAGGCAACUCACAAGCUCACGAGAAGGUGCAGGAACAUAUCA